UCAUGUUCAGAAAGGAGAACCAUCCACCUGAGAUUUAAAGCCAAGAGACGUAGCUUGACCGAGCUUGACCGAACGCCUCCGAUGCUGAUUGGACUAAGCUAGCGACGCCAAGACGCUGAAGGAAACAGAAGUCACCUGACUGUCAAAAAAGAAAGUGAAACCAACUUUGAUCUCCUUCAGAACAGCGUCCAUUUUGAGCCGCAGGAUGGAAAUAACUCGUUGACUCGUUAACAGAGGUAAAUGUUGUUUCUCCGGGUCCCUCCGUGUCUCUCUCGGCUCUCUGGAGCUGUACUGACAGAUGAGAGGGUUUCAAGACACAAAGCGUCUUCUGUUUCUGGAAAGACGGACGUUUUUCAUGAUCCAACACCAGAUACUUCACACACGGUGAUUAAUGUAGGAAGAAAUAUUCCAAAUUAUGCAACAAAUUUAUUUGUAAAGUGGAAACAAACCCGCUCCGCGUUUUUCUAAGAAUAUUUUGCUGUUUAAACCAGAAUGCGGGUUCAUUUUUCACAAGUAGCAGGAAGAGAAGAGAAGCUCUGAAGAUCGAGUGAAUUAAAUCAAGUCUCCCUCAGAGUUGAAGGCCAGAAGAUGGAAGAUCUGGAUCUGAAAAAGGACAGAGCAGAACCUCCAGGACCCACCAGUCCAUCUAUGAGGAGUGAUUGGUCCAAAGAUUGUCCUCCAGACUUCAGUAAUGAACCUGGACCCUCAGACAGAAAGAGACGCUUUGGUGAGGAGGAGUCUCCAUCCUGCUGUGGUUUGUCUCAGAAUGUUCUGAUGGAUUUGGUCUUGACCAGCUGCCCCCAGUAUGGGAAACAACCCAGAACAGGAUCUGGACCUCUGACAGCCAAUCAGAGCAGCUGUGCUCCAGAUAUUGUUGCUCAGUAUCAGCCUGACCUUAAAGACUUUAUGAAGAUGAAGUUCCAGAGUCUCUCUGAAGGCGUCGCUGAACAUGGAAAUAAAACCGUUCUGAACCAGAUCUACACAGAGCUCCACAUCACAGAGGGGUUAACUAGAGAGGUCAACCAGGAACAUGAGGUCAGACAGAUUGAAACAGCAUCCAGGAAACAAGAAACAAUCAGAAGAGAAGACAUCUUUAAAACCCCACCUGGAAGAGAUCAACCAAUCAGAACAGUGAUGACCAUGGGAGUGGCUGGCAUUGGGAAAACACUGUUAACACAGAAGUUCACUCUGGACUGGGCUGAAGGCAAAACCAACCAGAACAUUGAUUUCAUAUUUCCAUUCACUUUCAGAGAGCUGAAUAUGUUGAAAGAAGAAAAGUUCAGUUUAUUAGAACUGAUUCAUAAAUUCUUCACUAAAACCAAAGAAAUCAGCAGCUUUGAAACGUUUCAGGUUCUGUUCAUCUUUGAUGGUCUGGAUGAAAGUCGACUUGAUCUGAAUUUCAACACCAACGAGAUCCUGACUGAUGUUACAGAGUCCAGAUCACUGGAUGUUCUGCUGACAAACAUCAUCAGGGGGAAACUGUUUCCUUCUGCUCUCCUCUGGAUAACCACACGACCUGCAGCAGCCAAUCAGAUCCCUGCUCAGUGUGUUGGCAUGGUAACAGAGGUCAGAGGGUUCACUGACCCCCAGAAGGAGGAAUACUUCAGGAAGAGAUUCAGAGAUGAUGAAGAGAAGGCCAACAGGAUCAUCUCCCACAUCCAGAAAUCAAAAACUCUCCACAUCAUGUGUCACAUCCCAGUUUUCUGCUGGAUCACUGCUAAAGUUCUGGAGAAUCUGAUGGAGACCAGAGAGGGAGGAGAUCUGCCCAAGACCCUGACUGAGAUGUACAUAGAGUUCCUGGAGGUUCAACUCACAAUCAAGAAGGAAAAGUUUGAUAGAGGAAAAAAGACAAAAUCUAUCUGGAGUCGAGAGAACAGUAAGCUGAUUGUGUCUCUAGGAAGACUGGCUUUUGAUCAGCUGCUGAAGGGAAACCUGAUCUUCUAUGACAAAGACCUCAAUCAGUGUGACAUCAACAUCAAAGAUGCUGCGUUGUUCUCAGGAGUGUUCACUGAAAUGUUUAAAACAGAGAGAGGAGUGAACAACAUCUCCGUCUACUCCUUUGUUCAUCUGAGCAUCCAGGAGUUUCUGGCUGCAGUCUACAUGCUCCACUGUUUCACCAGCAGGAAGUCAGAGGUGAUCCAGACGUUUCUGGGAGAAAAAUACAAUGAAACAUCUCUAGAUGAGUUUAUGAAGAAAGUCAUGAAGAAAUCCCUCAGCAGUGAAAAUGGCCACCUGGACCUGUUUGUCCGCUUCCUUCAUGGUCUCACUGUGGAGUCCAACCAGAACCUCUUAGAAGAUCUGCUGGGUCAGAGAGAGAACAGUCCAGAAACCAUCCAGAGAAUCAUCACCAACCUGAAGGAGAUGAACACUGAUAGAAUCUCUCCUGACAGAAGAAUCAACAUCUUCUACUGUCUGAUGGAGAUGAACGAUCUCUCAUUUUAUCAGGAGAUCCAACGGCUGCUGGAUUCAGGGAAGGAGCUCUCAGAUACUGACUGUUCAGCUCUGGCCUUCAUGCUGCAGAUGUCAGAGGUUCUGGAUGAGUUGGACCUGGAGAAGUACAAAACAUCAGAAUCAGGACGACUGAGACUGGUUCCAGCUGUGAGGAACUGCAGAAAGGCUCGACUUGGUGGCUGUUUGCUCCGAAAGGAUGAAUGUGAAAUUGUGGCCUCAGCGCUGAAGUCCAACCCAGAUCUGACUGAACUGGAAAUAAAUCAGAUCUUCAUAAAUGGAGGAAAAGAAUCUGAUCUGAAGUCUGUGGUUGAGAUCCUGGAGAGUUCAGUCAGUAAAGUGAAGAAACUGAGAUUGUUGGGCUGCAGUUUUUCAGAGACCAGCUGGACUUCUCUGUUCUCAGCUCUGAAGUCCAAACCGACCCAUCUGACAGAACUGGACCUGGACAGAACCAACCUGGAAGGUUCUGGAAUGAAGGAGUUCUGUGAUUUUCUACAGACUGAAGGCUGCAGACUGGAGAAAUUGAGAUUGAAUCGCUGCAGGUUGUCAAAGAUCAGCUGUGAUUAUUUGGCUUCAGCUCUGAAGUCCAAACGGAUCCAUCUGAAAAAACUGGACCUGGGAUACAACAACCUGAAGGGUUCAGAUGUUCAGCAGCUGAAGGAUCUUGUAGAUCAUCUAAAGUGGAGGACAAAUGAUUCUGAUGAUUCUGACUUGUCCGACUGAUGAUCUCUGUAAAGUAGAGAAUGAUCUCUGUGUCCUGCUGAUCCUCAGAGGUUGAAGCUGCAGCAGUUUGAGUCUAAAGAGACUCUGACUGGACCAUGAUGAUGACCUCUGACCUCCAAGAUUUUCCUCCUGUUUGUUUUCUCAUGUCUGUCAUUUAGUGUCUGAUAUUGUUUGUCUCUUUGGAUCAAUAAAGAUCCAAUUCAAACUGGGCUCCAUUUAGAGGCUUGAUGGAGUUUUGAUCUGAACUGGAUUCAACUGGAAAGUUGAUCUUUUUUUCUCUGAUUCAUUUUCAUCCUGGAACCAGAACUGGUCUGAGAAUGGAAACAUGGGAAUCAUUUCCAGUUCAGCUUUGAAGCCAUGAAAGACACUUCAACCCUCUUUUCUCUGCUGCUUCUUCCUUCUGUUGACAUGAAAAUGUUCCUCAAAGCUCCUCAGAGAAAAAGAUGCUUUACUGGAAACUGGAGAGAAACUUCAGCUUCCAUCACAGAAACCAGUUGAACCAGUUUAGAACUGGAUGUCCCACAGAAACUCUGAUCUUAGAGCAGUUUUUAGGAACAUCCAUCUUUUAUCUGAAAAAAAUAUAUAGAUAUAUAUAUUGUGAGGGAAAAAUUACAAUAAGGUCACAUCUGCUAGUCAUGUUAUAUGAAAUGCUUAUGAACUCUCACCAAAAUAACUAUUUGGGUUUCAUGUACAAGGUUGGAAGUUUGUUUUCCACAGCUGCCAUCCCAUAACCUUGCAUAAAACCCAUGUGUAGUUUUUGCUUGGCAGUGCUUUGCAUCCAGACUUGCUUCAUUACUGAUUGUCCUAUGAGCUCUCGCUAUAUUAUGCACAAUAUAUGAAUAAACCUGAUUGAGUGAUUUUACCUGAACAGUGCUUGGAAAUAGUAUAUUUCCAAGAAAAUAUAUAAAUAACUUUUGCAUCAUAGUCAUUGUUGGGAAAUUGAGUUUAUCAGAAAGUUAAUGUUUUCAUAUUAUUAUUCUUUUGUGUUUUUUACUAGGCUCCUUUUCUUUCAUGGUACUUUAUUAACUGUUUCAGGGUCUCUACUUUAGACUGUUGUAUCUCCAGGUUUCAACACUUGUCCAACAACCCCUGACCAAAAUCCCACUGAACUCCAGAAAAACACAACAUAUUUCUGACAUGAAUAUACAAAAACGCCAACCAAGUAAUGAAUGUAACAGGAUGGAUGAGAUCUUGUAACAAAGGAUUUUCCUCAUUGUUCUGAUGGAUGUUAUCGGUUUAAUUAACGGACUGCUUUGUUUUCUUGACAGAUGUAUAAUUUUUCUGAAUAAACCUGCAAAUAAAGAUAUUUAACAUCAUU